AUGACCGCCGCUCUCACAACCCCAGCAUCCGCAGCCCAUGGAUGCAAUAAAAAUACCGUUUCAGGCCCCGUUGUCCGGUACCAGGUUCGGUCAUCCGAUAAAGUGCCCGAUAUCCCCGGAAUCUGCGGCGGUCUCUGGGACAACAUGAAGCGCUUUGGCGAAUGUGCUUCCGCUUCGAAUACCUGGUGUGGUGAUGUAGAUGAUGGAUACCUUGGAUGGGACUUUACUUCUUUUGUUGGCUGCAGUGAUGGCAUGGUUUCUUCUACCUGGUACGAGGCGACCCGCAACCAAUGGGGUCAUAUUGAUUGUUCGACUUGA